GUAAAAUCGACUUAAAAAAACUAGAAAACGAUCCAGAUGCCUUGUAUGAUCUCUUAGAUAGUAUUGAUUCGGAGGUUGAGAUGGAAUCCCAUGAAGAAGAAACUGUUACCGAGGUCUUGGAAGAGGAAAUAGCUGUUCCUCAGGCUACACAGUCCAGCGACGAAGAAGAGACUGAUUCCGAAGACGACGUUCCUCUCGCGUAUCUUGAGUCUGGGUGGAAGCCGGGCUUAUUUUCCAGUAAAGAAGAUCCAUUGGUAGUUAAUAGUACCAACAGUCCCCAGAGUCCAUGGCACUAUUUUCAAAAAUAUUUGGGGGCCGAUUUUUACUCAUUGGGCGCCAAAUUGAGUGAUGUGAUGCCGCGUGAUAUGUUUUACCUUUUGAGAGUUAAUUUUCACGCUGUGGAUGUUCUGGGAGUUCCAGGUGAAAUUCAAAAGGAGAAUAGACUAUGGAAGCUUCAACCCAUAAUAGACAUGAUUCGAAACCAUUGCAGAUCACUGGAGAGGAAACCUAAAUCCUCGUAUUCAAUUGACGAACAAAUGAUUCCAUUCUUAGGAAGGUGUCCAGUGAGACAGUAUGUGAGGAAUAAACCUAGACCAGUGGAUCUUAAAAAUGUUGUUCUCACAACAUCUGAGGGAAAAAUUCUUGACUUUGAAAUUUAUCAAGGUAAACUGACGCCUUUCCAAAACAAAGACCUGGGUCUUGGUGCCUCGGUUAUCCUGCACCUAUCUCAUAUACUACCAAAAGAGAGUUAUCUUUUUAUUGACCGAUACUUUUCGACUGAAUCUUUGUUUGACAGGCUGAUUUCUUUGGAAAUUUAUGGCACCGGAACCAUCAUGCCAAAUAGAUAG